CUUGAUUAGAAAGAGGCCAUGCUCAGUCGUUUCUCAACCAGCACUGUGGAACCUACUCGUUUGCGUCAGUUUCAACUGCUCUUGCAUGACCUACCUCUGUUGUAAUGCGUCAUGCUAGAGUCCUGAACCUUAAUUAAAUCGUGUGUGCUAAUAUAUUCCGCAACCAAAUAUUGCUUCGUGAUUCGCAAAAAUAUAAUUUUUUCGCCAAGCUUGCCAGUAAAAAAAAAAAUAUGUCGAAAAACUUCUCAUUACCUCUAGCUGUCCUUUUUCGUGGUAGUAAAACUCAACUAACCAGGAAAAACGUGAUUUCUUUUUCGAGAAAAUGCAUUAAAUAUCAAUGCAUUUCCACACAAGCUACUGGACAAAGGCAUCCUGUCCACCAGGAAAAAUUCUCUUCACUAAGUACACUUCACAGAGAAUUUAAAGCAACGAACCUACUUGUUCCAAAUCGUGGCUUUAAACUAUCAGUUGCGCUGCAAAAGGAAAACAAAAGAAAGGAUUAUUCUGAAAAAUUUUUAUUAGGGUAUUCUAUGGAGAAACUAUUUAAUAUUGUCUAUGACGUUGAGCAUUACAAGGAUUUUAUUCCGUACUGUACAAGUUCAGUAGUCACAUCCCACAAAACACCUUGCCAUCUGACAGCCGAUUUAUCAUUUGGAUUUCCACCUUUUCCAGUAGAAAGUUUUACAAGCAGUUUCACGCUAACUUCACCAACAUUGGUGAAGUCAGUAUGCGUGGAUAGAGAUCUGUUCAAUUACAUGGUGACAAUCUGGAAAUUCAGUCCUGGAAUUAACGGAAACCCUAACACUUGCAUCCUUGACUUUUACUUGUCGUUUGAAUUCCGUUCGUUAUUCCACACGCAACUGUCACGGAUGUUCUCAGACCUAGUUGUCAGAGAAAUGAUUACUGCUUACACAGCAGAGGCAAAAAGACGUUAUGGUACUGCAUUACCGAUAAAAUCGUAUGGUGUUUAAUUAAUUAUAAAAUUCUUAAAGAUUGUAUGGUUUUUGUGGUAGCCUAUAUUACAUCAUUUAUCUGCUCUAUUACAAGGUUUUAGUUCACGGAA